ACCGAAGGUACUGAACAGGUAGUGGAUAAGUUAAUGGAAGGGCUUGACGAUUAUCAGCGUAUCAAGAAUGCAGAAGCUGCUGAAGAAAGGGAAGAAAUCAGACAGGAGCAAGCCCGAGAAUAUGAACGGUCGUUAGCGGAAGACAGAGCACGUCAGGAAAAACUGGAGCGUGAGAGAAUUGAACAGAUAGCUGAAGAAGAGCGUCGAAUAAAGGAGGAACAAGAUAAAACAAGGCGUUUACAAGAAUUAGCUGCAUCUUUGCCGGAAGAACCACCGAACGGGGAAAGCAAUGUUGCAACAGUACGAGCACGUUUACCGGAUGGAAGAAAAAGUUUGCCGGAAGUCAGUAUGCUUCUGAAGCAACCCUCGAAACAAACCAGAAUCAUCGAAUGAUUUCGAAUGGCUGAACCACUUCGUAAUGUCACAGUGUUUAUUGAAUCGAUGGGAUACCCACUUGAUAGAUAUCGGAUUUGGACUUCAGAUUUACCAAAGAAAAAUGUGCUGGAAACAUAUGAUCUCAGUCGCACAUUAGCCGAUGUGAAAUGGCCUGUUCGUGAACAGAUCACUGUUGAUGAGAAGUAG